AUGCACUCUGACCACGUCCCGGCGUCCUAUCGGUCCCCUCCCACCGGACGGAGCCUGUAUGACCCCACGACUCCUGCACGGGUCCAGAGCCUGUGCCGGGUCUACACGAAGAUCACCUACCAGGACACCAACUACAGGCGCUCUAUUCCAGCUGAAGAGCGCCUGUCCAUCUGUCUGCGGUUUCUUGCCACUGGGGACUCCUACAGGACCAUUGCGGGGAGCUUCAGAGCGGGCAUAUCCACCGUCUCCAUGCUCAUCCCAGAUGUGGUGGCAGCCAUCUGGGACUGCCUCGUGGAGGAGUUCAUGGCUGUGCCUGGAGCAGAGGAGUGGAGGUAA